AUGGCCGCCAUCGCUGCCACGCUUCGACUUGCGCGUCCGGCUCGUCCUGAGGGUUUCUGUCCGCAAGUGCCGGAGGCGGUGCAGGCACUUUUGGAUGCGACUGAGGGCAUUUGGUCGGAUGGCAGUUCCUCUUCUUCGUCGGAGGAUCCACCGCAGGCCUCCCGCUCCUCCACAGCGCCCGUGCCGCACUUGCCGGUGCCCGGCGCCCCUCCCGGCCUGGAGGGGGAGCGCGUGGUGCGGCGAGUGUCGCGGCAGAAGUUGCAGGUGCCGGGGCAGACAGCAGCAAGGAGGUCCAACUUCCUUACGACUCCGGCGUCCUCGGGGCGCUCGGUGACCAUCAGCGACGGCGGCGAGGUGCCGACCGCGAGGUCCGCCGCGCCGCGGCUGCUGCCGCGGUCCUUCACGACGGAGCCGGUUGGGAGCCGCUCCCAUGAAGCCACGCAAUGGAGCACGGAGCAGCUGAGACAACAGAUGGCCCAGUUGCAACAGCUGCAGCAACUUCAGUUGCAGCAAAUCUCUCAGUAUGACUUGCAGCAGCAACGCGCCCUGCUGCAGCAGUUCCAGAUGACGCAAAUGCAGCAGAUGCGCGCGCAAAGUUUGAGAGAGCCUACACCACAGAGGCCUCAAACGGACGACGUCGACCCCAAGGCGCUGCGGCGCACGGUCUCGGCCGCCCCCGCGGAGCCAGUUCCGGCGGACGCUGCGAGCCCCGGAGGGCGCCGGAGACGAAAGAGCAUGCGUCAAGUCGCGCAGGAAGUCACCGCAGCGGCGGACUCUGAGGCCGAGAUGCAACUCGAAGCAGGUCCAGAGGAUGUGGAGAUCAUCGUGGGGCCCACGGAUCAUGCGGUGCUGCCCUUGUCCUUUGAGGAGACACCAGGGCAGGCGGCCCAAAACUCUGGAUCAACGAUGACUCUGUGGCUGUGCGGAGUCGUUCCAAGCACCUCUCUGUUCCUGGGCCUGGUCAGAUGUCAAGGGAUGUGGGCUCCAGGACAACCCCCAAUGAUUGUGGUAAACUAG